AUGCCGUCAUUAUCAAAGAAUCCGCGACGAAAAGGCAUUCCAUUUCUGAAGUUUACAUGGCAUUUAAAAGAUGAAAUCUUAGGACUAUUUCGAAAUUUAAUUGUGAAUGCAAAACUGUGGGAUUCAAGUGCUUUCGGUGAAAUGGAUAUGAAGAAAAUUUUGGAAUGUGUUCAAGAAGCAGAAUUCCUGAAAAUUGGUGCAGAAAUCAUCAAUAAAGAAAUGAUAAACUUGAUGCAAAAAGUCAGUUGUACCAAGAGAUUUCAUUCUGCUGCGACAAACACGAUGGGAAGCAUAUCCAACGGGAUACUUCAAUGCUCAGAUGUGAUUCAUGCAAACAACUUCCAAUGGUUCGAUCCUGAACGAUUCCAAGAUCUUUGCUGUCGAUCUAUGUGUCUAUUGAAGGCACGUAUAACAACGCGAAACGUUGAAGACUUGAUUAUAGAAUGGGGAAAUAGUGAAGAGCAAAUGGGAGAAGGCGUCAAAAAUAUCAAAUUAUUCGAAGUUCAAGUUUACGGUGUAGCUCAAAACUUUGAUUUCACAAGAGUUGGAGCGCAACCACCAGGAAGAGUGCAGAGACCAAAUGAAUACAUGGACUUCAACGUGAUGUAUGACUUCACUACCGCUUUUGAUAUCAUUCACCAGGAUGGCACAUUAGCAUCGCUGACGGCAGUUGAAGGACUUGACCACGUUCGGUUCAUCGUUUGGGAUCAGUAA